AUGCCAAUGGAUGCCAGCCAAUCUUCAGGCUGGUGGAUGAAGGUCAUCAAUGCGGUCAUCAAAAACCUCGAAGGCGUCGACGAGUACCUCGACAAUGUGGUGCUCUACGACAAAACACCGGCGGAUCACGUCCGCACCAUGCGCGCCUUCUUGCAACGGCUGCGCAAGCACAGGCUUAAGCUUUCACCGCCCAAGGUCACCAUCGGCACGACACACCCUGCAUUCUUGGGACACACCAUUACUCCGGACGGCAUCAGGCCCAACGCCAACAAAGUCGCUGCACUCGCAGCUAUGCCAAUGCCAACCGACCUCAAGAAACUUCGCUCCCUUCUUUGUGGUUUGAGCUACUACCGCAGCUUCGUCAAAAAAAUGUCUAAACGAGUACGCCCCGUCACGACACUCGUCAAGAAAAACUCGUCCUUCACUUUUUCACCGCCAACAUGGAAGGCAUCGUACGAGAGAUCCUCAAAAUUCUCCGGACCGCCCAUUCUCGUCUUCCCCAACUGGAAAGCCAUCGAAGACGGCACCAGACCUCUCCGCCUCCACUGCGACGCACGCCUCGAUGGUCUUGGCGCGAUACUAGAACAAGAACAAGCGGAUGGCUCUGUUCGCCCCAUCGUCUUCAUCAGCAGAUCGACACUUGACGCUGAGCGCAACUGGACACCACUCGACUUGGAAGCUGGCGCCAUCGUUUGGGCCAUCAAACGCUUGCGUGGAUACUUGCGCGGCACUCACUUCCAAAUUUGGACCGGCAAUCAGGCACUGGAGAACAUCUCCAAGGUGGGAGACCACAGCCCAAGCGUGCAGCGUUGGCUUGAGUUCCUCACAACGUAUCAAUACACGCUCAAACACCGCCCGGGCUCCUCCAACAGCAACGUCGACAUGCUGUCUAGACUACCCAUGCCCCCCACUCCACAAGACAUCACAGGAGAUAGCCGAAUCACAAUGCCAGAUGAUGUAGAUGUCUACAUGAUUGGCGCCACCGGCAACACUCCUUCUGGUCCUUCUCCACAGGGUAUUGCCUUGGGUGGGCUAAGUACCCAACAACGGCACCGACACUUUGAGUGGCUCCCCACUGACGUCAGCGGAUUUCCAGGAUAUUCGCCGGCACGGGCUCCGAAUGAGCAUUGA